AUGGAGGUAUGUAUGGAAACAACUGUAAUCACAGCUGUGGACAUUGCAUUAACGAUAUUCAGUGCAACCACGUCAACGGUUUAUGUUAUGGAGGGUGUUCUGUAGGCUUCAAGGGAUUGCUUUGUGACAAAGCAUGUGACAGUGGAAUGUAUGGUGUUAAUUGUAAUCAAGUAUGUGGUCAUUGUCUAAACAAUGAACAGUGUCAUCAUAUCAACGGUACUUGUUUACAAGGAUGUUCUAAAGGAUACCAGGGAUCCCUCUGCAACAUUGUGUGUGAGGAUGCAAAGUAUGGUUAUAACUGCAAUAAAAGCUGUGGACACUGUAUGAACAAUACCACGUGUAACCAUGUCAACGGUACAUGUCCAGGAGGGUGUGCUGUAGGAUACGACGGGCCUCUUUGUACAAAUGUUUGUGGACGAUCGUACUGGGGAGUCAAUUGCAAAGAGACAUGUAGUACAGAAUGUGUCAGCCAGACCUGUCAUCACGAAUCAGGACAUUGUCUAUCAUACACACAGGCACAAAGUAGCGACGGAUGUAAGAAUGACUAUACAAUCACCAUUACAAGUGUGGUUGUCUGUAUUUUAAUUGUCUUGAUGAGCAGUCUCCUAAACUUUAUCAUCUGGAGGAAAAUGCAGCAGAAAGGGAAGGUUUUAGACACCACAAAUGAAAAAGACUUUUACAACGAAUUCCCAUCUGUUGAUAUAGGAGAUAAACAAAGUGGGCGAGAUAUGAAUAUUUCCCCUUAUGCAGAACUAAGUGAACUUGACCACACAAACACUUAUGAAGAACUUCAUCAAAAUGCAAAAGCAGACAAAAAAAUGUAGAUGGUGGCGUUAUUGAUGUUUACAGUUUAGAACAUAACUCAGGAGUAUUUGUAGCUUUGCUUACAUAGACAAUUCUUAUUGUUUUAUGUCUACAUAUAUUUGUUUUUUAUUGAGGGGACAUAUGUCAUAUACCCUCAGUUUUGUUAUGCUACAUUUUAUCUUCACAUAUCUCAACCAGAUUCAGAAUCCAAUCGCAUAACAUGUUGUGGAGAAGGGGAUAUAUAUUAACAUUAUAACGUUACUUACGUUCAUUUGCACACACAAGCUUGUGCUCAGCAUUGAUGUAAAAGCUUUCCAUGUGUACCCACAAUUAUUAAAAUUUGCAUAUUUCUUCAAAUGUUUUAAGUGUCAAAUUUAUUUAAUUAUUUGACUUUUGUUCACAUCUCAACGGAAUCCUAUCACAACACAAUAUGGAGGAAGGAGGUUAUAGUAAUGCUAAUUUUCAAAAGUUUUAAACAUGCUCAAUGGCAACCUUAACGUUCUCCACAAUUUUAAUUUGCU